AUGGCUUUCACAGGCGGACGUGGCGCAUCUCAAACAGAAGCUGGGCUGAGAUUGGUGGGAAUAGGCUUGGGUUCUUUGCUCGCUUUCUUCCAUCAAAAGAUCACAAGGAUCUACAAAACGACGGUGGAGGAAGGCUUCACACAUCGAGCGGAACGGAACAGGCCCAUCCAGUACUAUGAUCUUCUCCAGUACAAAAACAGCUGCCAUCCACAUGAUGAGUGUCUGCAAGAGAUUAUUGAGAAGAUCUACGGACAGGUCGAAAAGGAGUUCGGACCUGGGUUUCUCAUCGUGCACGACUUUUGGUCUUACCGCGCUCCAGGGUCCUUCCCUGCGCCCGUGAUGCACACAGACCCCGCCUUCUGGAUGACAGGCCGAACAGAUGGUUUCAACCUCUGGUUCCUGCUGGAUCACAAAGACAUGGCCUACGGCAUUGACGUGCUCACCAAGGAAGACAAUGAGGACUUCUACUCCUGCCCUGCGCUUGGCCUACCUCACGCGCCUCCCUUUCUAUUUGCGGGUAAGUUAGAGAGCAAGGCAAACACCACAGACACCACAGACACCUGCAAAGCCUCCACUGCGUUCAUUCAUCGAAUUCCUUUGCGGAAGUGGCCGGUACUUUUCGAGUGGCAGAACGAUGUGGCCAAUGCUCUGGGAACACUUUGCUGCGCAGCCUCAACGUGGUGGCUGCAGAAGGCGAUAAAUCUUGGCAAGACCCUACAAGAUUGGUGGCCUUCUUGGGCCUUUCGUGGAUUCUUGCUGACCUUUGGAUGGCUGGGCAGUCUCUACCCCCUGCCACCUGUUACACUCAAAGCUCGGCGGUUCGAGCUGCAGAUAGGUGAUGCGGCCGUCAUUCGCCAGGAUGAACUCCAUGCUUCCGACAAGGAGCCAUUGAAGGAAGGUCAGUUUCGCUUGGCCAUCGGUUUCAAGUUCAUGCGCCAGGCCCCUGUGAGGCAGUACCUUGUGAAUGGCCCAUCAGCCACGCGUCGCCGCAUCCAUCGGGAUUUGAAGCUUCCUUUGGGGACUUUGCUGAACGACCCUUACCGGCAAUCAACCCUCGACCUGGCUGAGGACGCGGGCGUGCUCACCCGCACGGUCGCCAAGGCCAUGAGCGGAUUCGCCACUGCUGGCCGCUUCGUUGCCCCAGAGAAGGGUUCCAAGGCGAAGGGUACGCGCCUUAGCUAG